UCAAUCACACUGUCUGAGUCACCCAAACAAAAAAAGAAGCUAAUCUGGUACAAUAAACCACAUGGCACCGGCGUUUGUGUUGAGCGGCGACACCGUCACCGGAGAUCCGGCGAUUUCUACGGCGAGUCUGCGUGUGGCUGCUGUACAUAGCGAAGUUCAAGCGAAGCGUAUCGAUCACGCGCUUCCUCUUCCUUCCGUUCUUAAGAAACCCUUCAGGAUCGUCGAUGGUCCUCCGAGCUCCGCCGCCGGUCAUCCAGAGGAGAUUGAGAAGUUAUUUCCCAAUAUGUUUGGACAACCAUCGGCGUCGUUGGUUACUGAACAUUCUGGUGCAGUUCCGAUUGAUUCGAACCUAAAGGUUGGGGUUGUUUUGUCCGGAGGACAGGCACCAGGAGGACACAAUGUCAUCUGUGGAAUUUUCGAUUACCUGCAGGAAUAUGCCAAGGGAAGCACGUUGUAUGGUUUCCGGGGUGGUCCAGCCGGAAUCAUGAAAUGCAAAUAUGUUGAGCUGACUGCUGAUUAUGUUUAUCCCUACAGAAACCAGGGUGGAUUUGACAUGAUAUGCAGUGGGAGAGACAAAAUAGAAACUCCCGAGCAGUUCAAGCAAGCUGAAGAGACAACAACGAAGCUGGACUUGGAUGGACUUGUGGUUAUUGGUGGAGAUGACUCCAAUACGAAUGCUUGUCUCCUUGCUGAAAACUUCAGGAGUAAAAACAUGAAAACCCGGGUUAUUGGGUGUCCCAAGACAAUCGAUGGUGAUUUGAAGUGCAAAGAGGUUCCCGCGAGUUUUGGUUUUGAUACUGCUUGUAAGAUAUAUUCAGAAAUGAUUGGAAAUGUUAUGACAGAUGCACGCUCAACCGGAAAAUACUAUCACUUUGUACGACUUAUGGGCCGUGCUGCUUCUCACAUUACUCUUGAGUGUGCUUUGCAAACACACCCAAACAUUACUAUUAUUGGAGAAGAGGUUUACUCAAAGAAACUGACGUUGAAGAAUGCUACAGAUUACAUUGUUGAUGUGAUCUGUAAACGUGCUGAACUUGGUUAUAACUAUGGCGUGAUUCUUGUUCCUGAAGGUCUAAUUGAUUUUAUUCCCGAGGUGCAAGAGCUUAUUGCAGAGCUGAACGAAAUCCUAGCACAUGAGACCAUCGAUGAAGAAGGUCAAUGGAAGAAGAAGCUUAAAGAGCAGUCUCUGAAGCUCUUCGAGUUCCUUCCGCGUACAAUUCAAGAACAGUUGCUGCUUGAGAGAGAUCCACAUGGAAACGUCCAGGUGGCGAAAAUUGAGACAGAGAAAAUGCUUAUUCAAAUGGUUGAAACUGAGCUGGAGAAAAGGAAUCAGGAGGGUACAUACAAAGGCGAGUUCAAGGGGCAGUCACAUUUCUUUGGGUAUGAGGGAAGAUGUGGACUGCCGACAAACUUUGAUGCGACUUACUGCUAUGCAUUGGGUUACGGAGCUGGAGUACUUCUUCAGAGCGGAAAGACUGGACUGAUAUCAUCGGUAGGGAAUUUGGCUGCACCUGUUGAGGAAUGGACAGUUGGUGGUACUGCACUUACUUCAAUGAUGGAUGUGGAAAGAAGACAUGGGAAGUUCAAGCCUGUCAUCAAGAAAGCCAUGGUCGAACUAGAAGGAGCGCCGUUCAAGAAAUUCGAGUCGCAGCGGGAGGAAUGGGCUAUGAAGAACCGCUACAUAAGCCCUGGUUCGUCAUAGUUAAGAGUGGAUGAAUGAAUGAUACAUGUCCGAUCCAAUUCAAGGGCCCUGGAUCUGAUGCGGUAAACCACACUCUACUUCUGGAACUCGGAGCUCAAGAUCCGUAAGCUUUCGUACUCGUUUUGUACUUUGUAAAAGACUUUCAGAGUGGUCGCUUGUUUUUGUUUUUUUUGGUUCUUCCCUCUCUUCUUUGUGCAUAACACGAACAAAUGUCUCCCUGUUCUUUUUUUUUUUUGCUUAAUGUUAUUACCAUAGUGAAACUAUGAGUCGCCGGUUUGUGUAAUUUUCUAUUUUGUAAUGAUAUAAAGCUGUAUCUUGUUUGGAUUUUA